CAAUCAACUCUCUUCACUACCUUUGCAUCCAAUAUCAAAAUGCCAAUGGAGGCGGCCGAGGUACCUCUCCUCCACCUCAAUCCCACCAACCCUUGGCGCAAGCUCGCAGCAGAUCUAAACCGCGUGAACCUAAUCGCGCUGCCCAUGAUAGUCGUCACGCUCUCUCAGUACCUCCAGCGCACUUCCCCCAUCUUCAUGCUCGGCCACUUAGGCGAACUCUCCCUCUCCAGCGCCUCCAUCGCCACCUCCCUCUCCAACGUCACCGGCUUCAGUUUACUCUUCGGAAUGUCGAGCGCGCUGGAGACGCUGUGCGGGCAGGCGCACGGCGCGAAGCAGCUGCACAGAGUCGGGACGUUCACGUACGCCGCGAUUCUGUGCCUGUUUAUUGUUUGCCUCCCGGUUUGCGUGCUCUGGAUUUACACGGAGGAGUUGCUGGUGUUCGUGGGGCAGGAUCCGUUGAUUUCAGCGGAGGCCGGCAAGUUCACUAUUUAUCUAAUUCCGACGCUCUUUCCUUACGCGAUUCUGCAGUCGCUCGUGCGCUACUUGCAGGCGCAGAGCUUGAUCUUCCCCAUGCUCUGGACCUCGUUGCUCUCGCUCGUCUCGCAGCUGCUCCUCUGCUGGGCUUUUGUGUUCAAGCUCGGGCUCGGGAACCCCGGGGCCGCGCUGUCCAUUGCCGUUUCGUAUUGGGUUAAUGUGGUUAUGCUAGUCAUUUAUGUCAAGUAUUCGCCUGCCUGUGAGAAGACUCGUGCUUCCUUUUUUUCCAUGGAUGUUCUUCUCUCCAUGUGGGAGUUCUUUCGCUUUGCUGUCCCGUCCGCUGUAAUGGUCUGUUUGGAGUGGUGGUCGUUCGAGCUGGUCAUAUUGCUCUCAGGACUAUUGCCGAAUCCACAGCUCGCCACGUCUAUUCUUUCUAUAGGCUUCACGGUUACUUCACUGCACUAUCACAUACCCUACUCUUUUGGUGCUGCUGCGAGCACGUUGGUGUCGAACGAGCUUGGAGCAGGGAAGCCAGAGGGGGCUCGAGUCGCUGUGUACGCAGUGGUGGUGUUGGCGGCAGCAGAGUUCCUGAUAGCCAGCACGACUCUGUACUUGUGUCGGGGUAUUUUAGGGUACGCAUUUAGUGGGGAGGAAGAAGUGGUUGCCGGGGUGAAAGCAAUGGUUCCUCUGCUUUGCCUGUCCAUCAUCAUGGAUAGCACGCAGGCAGUGCUCUCGGGAGUGGCGAGAGGGAGCGGAUGGCAGCACAUAGGGGCGUACGUGAAUCUCGGGUCAUACUAUAUAGUUGGGAUCCCGGUGGCGUUGGUGCUGGGGUUUGUGUUGGACCUUAAGGGGAAGGGUCUUUGGAGUGGAUUGGUGGCAGGGGCAACUGUGCAGUCUAUCUCACUUUCUCUCAUUACAUCUCUCACAAAUUGGGAAAAACAGGCAAGGGAGGCAAGAGAAAGAGUUUUUUCUCACAAAAUUCCAGUGGACCAGUAAAUCAUUUUUGGGGUGAUGAUUCUUAUUCUUCACUUGUAAUGUAUUGCUAAUAAGAGUAUAGAGUGCCACAUUCUUGUUUUCCAUUCUAGGAGCCUUUAUUCAACUUUGUCAUUUUUGUGUUGGUGAUACCAUUUCUUUGCUAUAAAAUCCUACAUGCAUUGCUGAA